UGGAAAGAUCAGAUGUUGAGCUGGUCACCGUCUGAUUUCGGGGACAUCGAGGUCAUCAGCGUCCCCAUCCAGAAAAUCUGGAAGCCAGAUAUUGUUCUCUACAACUUUGCAGACCAGCGACUGAAGGAGCACCGUGAAGCACUGGCCGUCAUAUCAAACACAGGCAGCGUCAUCUGGUACCCUCCAGGCAUCUUCAAGUCUACCUGCUGGAUCGACAUCAUCUACUUUCCAUUCGAUGUUCAACAAUGCCAUCUAAAGUUUGGGAGCUGGACGUACGAUGGCUACAAACUGGACCUGAAUCUGCCUGCUGAGAAGGGUGCCGAUCUCAGUGACUACAUGGAAAGUAACGAGUGGAUGCUGGUGAACUACGUAGGCAUAAAAAAUUUGAAAUUUUACAAAUGCUGUGAAGAACCUUACAUUGAUUUGACCUUCAACCUGACGCUCAAAAGGAUACCUUUCACCUUCGUAUUCAUCUUAAUCAUACCCUGCAUUCUGUUGUCUGUCCUCACUUUGGUCUCAUUUUGGCUACCCCCAGAAACACCGGCUAAAAUUUUGUUAGGUUAG